UUGAGGAGGGGGCAGGGUCAGGGUCUCUGGCAGCUGAUGCGACCCCCAGAGAAGCAGAGGAAUGUUGGUGCAAGGCCCACCAAGGGGGACCCCAUCUUCCUGAGAUCUACCGUUUUGGCAGAGCUCUGUGGGACAGACCAAACUUCCCUCUACAGGUGAUGAGAUUGAGGUCCAGAGAGGGUCUGUGAGCCGCCCGAGGUCAUAUAGAGGAUGCUGCCCACAGAAAGAUUCUGCCAUGGGCAGGGAAGCCCCACUCCCAGGUGCGGAAGCAGCCACAGGCUCCCAGGCCGCCCUUGCUGAGGGGUGGGGAGAGGAGCGCCUGAGGCUCCUCCGAGGUCGAGGGUCUUUUUCUGGUUUCCUCUCAUAGGAUCCCUGCCCUUCUAUCUAAGGACUGAUGAGGUUAGCUCUGAGCGAUGCUCCGGUAGUGUGGGGUUUCCACAGGUAUCCCCAGAAUCUAAAAACAAGAAACAAAAACCUCAUGACAAAUAGCGGCUGUUGCAGUUAUCAUGACAGUUAGUGAAAACCUUAGUAAUGAUUUAGUGAUUAACACAGGGUGGACUGUGAGAGGGUGGAAGCCACCUGCGCCAUGUUUUGGAGGGGCAGUGCUGUCAUUUUGAGUUGGCCCUGGUCACGCAAGGACAGGAUGAAGCCAGGCCAAGGUCCCCCAUGUCACAAUCAGAGUCCAGGUGCUGCCCUGCCUGGAGCUGCCCUUCCCUGGUGCUGCCCACCUGAAGGCCAUGGGACUCUCAUCCUACUGUAGGGACGCCCGUGCUGUGGCUCCCAGGAGCCCCAACAGGGCGACUGGCAAUUUCCUCGGGUGGCCAGGGGACUGACCCGCAUGCAGUGAUGCUGUGGCCUGGGGCUGAGAUGCUAGAGUCACAGAGAAGCCAGUUCACCAACUUUAUCAACCUCCUUAUUAUUGCAAUUCUUGUUUUAUUCCUGCCCCCACUGGAAAGUGGACUUACGUUCUGUCAUCUGCCCUGCCAUGUGCUGGGGUGCCUGGAAAGUCAGCUCAGGGCCUGGCUCAGGCAGGACCCUGACCAGGCGUCCAGUACUGACUCCAGGACACAGCUCUGCUAGAAGUGAGAAGCAGCAUCUCCCACUGACCCCUUCGUUCUGUUCUGUAUCUUAGCGUAAGGCAUCCCAUUUAGGGGAACGUGGUUUCCUGAGCUAUUUGGACUGAAUGGUAAUCGAAGCACCGUUGGGCUCUUGCCUCCUGCGGUCAGGGCCUCACCUGGGAUGGGACACCAACCAAAGCUGCUCUGUGCCCUGGCUGGGCCUCAGCCUCUCGGAGGCAGAUAAAGCAUGGACCUCCCUGCAGAGUGAUGCCCAUGUGCCCAUGCCCGGCAGCCAGGGUGGCCCUGGCAGCACCCUGAAGCUCACUCAUGGUCCAGGAGCCCAUGUGCCCAUGCCUGGCAGCCAGGGUGGCCCUGGCAGCACCCUGAAGCUCACUCAUGGUCCAGGAGAAGAGCUCUGCUUGGUUUCUGCCUGGUCGACUCCCCGACACUUCCGUCUGCCCCCCGCUCAAGCCACCAUGCAUGAAGGAUGCUCUCCAGCCACAGAGAGAUGAACCCAGCUGUGCAUGGAGGCUUUUCAAUUCUAAUAGAGGAACCAAGAAAUGUCCCCUUUGAAAGGAGAAGUGUGUCACUGCCAUGGGCUCUAGACACAUGUACCCCACCUCUGUCUCCAGUUGAGUGCCCAUUCUCUGGAAAUCCACAAACAUUCCAAGAGCUGGACUUCUCCUGAAUCAUCUCAAAUUCUUCGAACUUCACUGGUCUAGGGAAGGAUGUGAGGAGGUGACAGAAGGCGGGGCAAGACCCCCAAAGAGGUUAAAUAGGUCACUGCCACCCUCGACUCUCAGCAGGGUGUCUCCCUGAGCAGAGAGACCUGCACACAGAGACUCCCUCCUGGGCUCCUGGCACCAUGGCCCCACUGAAGAUGCUGGCCCUGGUCACCCUCCUCCUGGGGGCUUCUCUGCAGCACAUCCAUGCAGCUCGAGGGACCAAUGUGGGCCGGGAGUGCUGCCUGGAGUACUUCAAGGGAGCCAUUCCCCUUAGAAAGCUGAAGACGUGGUACCAGACAUCUGAGGACUGCUCCAGGGAUGCCAUCGUUUUUGUAACUGUGCAGGGCAGGGCCAUCUGUUCGGACCCCAACAACAAGAGAGUGAAGAAUGCAGUUAAAUACCUGCAAAGCCUUGAGAGGUCUUGA